AUGUCUUAUCGAGUUGGAGGAGGUCGCGGCAGCGACGUUGGAGAGCGCGAUGGUCGCUAUUACUAUGACGAGCCCCGCCGUGGCCCGCCCCGUCGUGAGUACGACGAGGUCGAGACAACCUUUGAGCGUCGGGAAGAGCGCCGAAGCCCUCCAAGGCGAGCGCCCGUCCGAGAGUACGAGGAGACCGACAUUUCCAUCCGCGAGAGAGACAGUCGCACGCCGGCUUUCCUGCGAGAGGAACCCCGCCGCGAGGCUGGCCCGCUUGUGCUCCGUUCCCGCGAGGUCGAGACAAUCGAUCGCCGUCGCCCUCGCAGUCCAAGUCCCGUCCGCGAACAAGAGCGCAUAGUCAUUCGCCGGCGCAGUGUGUCACCUCCCAGGAGGGAAAGAUCGCCGCCGCCGCCGCCCAUGCAAGAGCUCCGGAGGCCCAGGUUCAUUGAGCGAUCGCCGUCUCCAGAAGUGCGUGUAGAUACACGUGAAAUUGUCAGAGUGGACCGACGCAGAGAAAGAUCUCCAACUCCUGAGAGAGAACAGGAAAUUAGAAUCAUUCAACGUGAGAGGCAACGAGUUCCCUCCCCGAGUCCUUCACCACCACCGCCGCCGCCGCCUCCCCCCGUGAUUCGUGGCCCGACGAUUGAGCGAGAAGUCAUUACGCAUUAUCGCGACAUUGACCAUGCCCCAUAUCCUCCGUUCCCACCGCCAGCACCAAUCAUUGAGCCUCGCCGCGGAAGAGAGACCGAAACAGACAUUGACAUCUAUACUUCGCGCCAUGAGACAGAAGUAGAUAUUCAUAGACACAGUCGCUCUCGUUCAAGACCAAGACCAAGACCAGUCGCACCUCCACGGGGCCCAUCGUAUUAUGAUGACGAGGUCGUUGUUCGAAGCGAUCGGGAUCGUCUGCAGGUCGAGAUAGAGCGUGACCACAAGCGCUCCCGUUCUGUUGCGCCACCACCGCCUCGUCCUGAUUACUCGGAGGAGGCCGAAUACAUUACAGGCAAGAUCGACUCGCGGGGUCGUAUGGGCGAGGCAUACCACGGUGCAACCAAGGACUGGACUAUUGUCGAUGUUCCGCCUGGCACCGAACGUGUGAAGAUGGACGGUGUAGGAGGAGGAGGCGCCGAGGUCACAUGGCAGAGGUACAAUGGCGUACGACGUGCCAAAUUCAUCCCCGAACGCGACGAGCGUCCCACGCCCCGUCCCCCUCCCCCUGCGCCCGGUCCUAUGCCCAUCGUACCUUAUGCCAGCAGUACAAGUGUCAGCGAGACCACUUCCGACCGUGAUCGCUUGAGUGUCCAGAUUUACGACAAGCACCGUGACAGCUCUCGUGACAGACCUGUCGUGGAGGAUGUGCACGACACGCGCAUUUCCAUUCGAGAUCGUGACCGGGACCGGGACCGCGGCCGACGUCCUCUCAAGAAGCAGCAUGACAUGUGGACUGAAAUUACCAAGGACUUGGUCGUUCGAGAGGCCAUUGAGCGUUUGGGCUACGAAUAUGAGGAGACAGAGUAUUUCUUCUACGUGAUGGAGUAUCUUAAAUACGAGGAUGUUUUGGAAAUCGUCAACUUGUCCGACUCUAUCCGCAGGGCUCGUAGAGACAGAGCUAGAGAGAUCGAGUGGGAGAGAGAAGCAAGAGAGCGGUGGGAGCGCAAACACAGACACCAUCACAAGCAUCGUGACUGGGACGACGAGAGGGUUGUUGAGCGCGAGGUCAUUUACGAGCAUGAACGCAAGCCGGUACGAGGAUAUCUUCACUAG